UAGAAACAGAAACAUAGAAACACAGAAAGAGAUUUACGAGUGUGAGUUUACUCUUCGAUACGGUCCCAUCCCUGUCUUUCCCUUUUCUGAAACUCACUCUCUCUCUAAAAAAACCUCUCUCUCUUUCUCUCACUUCGAUCUCUUCCCACAAAAUCUCACACCGAUUCGUACAAUUCGUACAAUGCUUCAACCCUUAAUCCCUAACUCAUUCUUCGUAACUAACUCACUCCGAUGAUCAUGGCGGAACUAACCGAUUCCACCGCCGCCGGUAACAACCUUCCGCCGCCGCAACAACCUCCACAACAAAUUGACACGCGUUCAAUCCUCUGCAUCGACCUUAACGAGAUCCCUUCACCUUCUUCUUCCUUCGUUGAAACCCUACCUGACUUCACCGUCGACAUCGUUCGUACUUAUCACGAAAAUCCCGCUCCUCCUCCCGGUGGUCCUGCGCCUCUUCCUGGCGGUGUCACUUCCUGUGCUGUUUGUUCUAAGUCCGGCGCCGGUGGUUUGGUGUGUGAUGGAUGUGAACGGAGUUUUCAUUUGGCGUGUGCUGGAGUUCGCGGUGGAAGAAUUGGAGCGGCGAGUAUAGGAGAGUGGGUGUGUGGUGAGUGUUUAGCGGGGGGUGUGAAAAGUAAAAGAUGGCCGUUAGGUGUGAAGAGUAAACAGUUGCUAGAUAUUAAUGCUUCUCCGCCUAGUGAUGUUGAUGGAGAGGAGUUGCAUGAAUCGAGAAAGCACGCUAUGGGUGAUCAAUCUUUUGCUGCCAAUCAAUUUGGUGCUUCAGUGACAUAUUCAACCUUCAAUAACGGGAGUGUGGUUGGCUUCCAAAGGGCAUCUGGAGCUGUGACACGUCCUGUUAGAGUGGGUUUUGAGGAUAUAUUGAAUCACACCCAAUCAAUGGCUAGAAGCUUUGAGGAAGUACCAUCUCAGACUCAUGGCCCAAAUGAGUUAAUUUUGCAGGCUCUUAGAGAUUUUAUAUCUGAAAGGCAUGGUGUAUUGGUGGAAGGUUGGCGAGUAGAUCUUAGACCAUCAAUGGCCGGCUCUGACAUGUAUGCAGUUUACUGUGCACCUGAUGGAAAGAUAUUCGAUUCUGUGUAUGAAGUAGCUAAUUAUCUGGGGCUACCGUCUGGCUACAAUUCUAUAGAAUCUGAAGUAAGAAAUGAAAUGUCUCUUUCUUCUGGUGGGCCUCACCUAUCCAGAAAAAGGAAGUCUUCUAGAACUCUGGCAGCCAAUGGUUUUGCGGAAAAGCAGGGAACCUUUGUCAAUAGUAAUUAUAAGGAUUGUUCUUCUGAUGGUUUAAGCAUGGAACAUGUGAAUGCUCAGGGAACCGCCCUAAAAGCCACUGAGAUUAGAAGAAAAGAGAAUGGUCACUCCGACCCUCAUCAGUUUGCUGACGAACUUCCUCUGCAGUUUAAGGACUUCUCUGUUCUUUCUUUGGGAAAAGUUGAUGGGAGACCUUCAUAUUAUGAUGUUAACCUUAUCUUUCCUGUGGGUUAUAAAUCUUGUUGGCAUGAUAAGAUUACUGGCUCUCUUUUUACGUGCGAAGUUUUGGAUGGGGGUGAUUCUGGACCUAUAUUUAGGAUUAAAAGGUGUUCAUGUUCGGAAUUUCCUAUUCCAGAUGGGUCAACCAUCCUUUCAAUGCACAAUCGUUGUCAAUUUGCGAGCGAAACCAAUGAAGGUCAGAGAGAGACUAAUGAUAGUAUGGAUUUAGACGGUGAUGAAAGUAUCCAGAUGAUGCUUUUAGAACCUUGUGCACCAACAGAAGAUGACAUCUUGAGUUGUGUUGUCAGUUGCUCAAGUGAAGCAUAUGUAUCAGAAGGAUUAAGGCCAGUUGUUGGUUCCAUUCAAUAUAAUACUGGAUACUCAUUUUCUGAUACUAUGAAUUUUUGUGAUGAAAUUGGUCAAAUUUUGGUGGAAGAGCGGUCCCCAUUCUCAGCAUGGAGAGUUAUUUCUCAAAAGUUGGUCAAUGCUUGCAAGGAUAUCUGCAAGAAGAACGGAACUUUUAAAUUCUAUUGUAAACAUGUUGAAAGUGAAAUGGGCUUACAUAGAUGGGAUUUAAGGAAUAGCGAAAGUGAUACCCACUUCACUUCGUUGGAUAAAUUUUGUGGUUCACCUGGAUCUGUCAGCAUUCCAGACACAAUUUAUGCAGACAGUGACGUGAAAGACCUGUAUGAGCUCUUAGAGAAGUGGUUGGAGCAGGAUAGAUUUGGACUAGAUGCUGAAUUUGUCCAAGAAAUUUUGGAACCGCUUCUUGGUGUGCAAGACUGUUUGCAGUAUGAACGUCUUGGUAGUAGAAACAAUAGCUCUUCAUUGCCAACAGUGGAAAACGGUUACCUGGUGGUUGAUUGUAAAGGUCAAUCUAAAUAUCAGGAUGAAGUAAUUCAAGGUUUAUAUAGAAGGCCUAAGAAGGCAAGAUUGACCGAGUACGUUAAGGAAAACCGAUGUCCACCUCCUGGGAAACCACUAUGCUCCAGAGCUCCUACUGAACUCAUUGGUGACAUUUUUCAGGUUUGGGAUCUUUUAGAGAGAUUCAAUGAAAUCCUAGACCUGAAAGAACCAUUGUUCUUAGAAGAGCUCGAGAAGGAACUUAUCAACCCAUGGUUCAAUGAGUUAGAUUUCCCUGAGAAAUCUGACAGGGGAAUGGGUGGAAGUUCACGAGGGGGUGAUGGUGAUUGCCGAUUAAUAUCUGAAGCCUGUCCAUCAGGUUCCACAGGAGCUUCUUCCUAUGUCAGAUGCUUUGGUGCGUCUUUGACUAAAGCUCACAGUUCACUACUAAGAGUGCUAAUAGGUGAACUGCAAUCGAAAGUGGCUGCUCUGGUGGAUCCAAAUUCUGAACCUGGAGAGGCUCGGACAAGACGGGGAAGAAGGAAAGACAUGGAUAGUGCAGUUCCACGGACCAAGAUCAAUAUGCUUCCGAUUAAUGAAUUGACUUGGCCAGAACUAGCGCGUAGAUAUAUCUUGGCUUUCUUGUCAAUGGACGGUAACCUGGAGUCUGCGGAGAUUACUGCCCGGGAAAGUGGUAAAGUAUUUCGUUGCUUAAGAGGGGAUGGUGGUUUGCUGUGUGGUUCCCUUCCUGGUGUGGUUGGGAUGGAAGCUGAUGCAUUGUUGCUUGCGGAGGCUACGAAGAAGAUUUUUGGUUCUUUGAGCAGAGAAAAAGAUGUACUCAUCCUAGAAGAAGAGGAGUCUGAUGCAAAUGGUUCUUCUGAAGCUCAAUUGGCGAAUGAUGGUAAUAUUCCUGAAUGGGCACAAGUGCUGGAACCUGUCAGAAAACUACCAACAAAUGUGGGAACCCGAAUCAGAAGGUGUGUUCAUGCAGCUCUAGAAAAGAAUCCGCCUGAUUGGGCAAGGGAAAUACUGGAGCACUCGGUUAGCAAGACAGUGUACAAGGGCAAUGCAUCUGGACCAACAAAGAAAGCAGUUGUUGCAUUAUUGGAUGAUGUAACUGGUGGAGUGCAGCAGAAUCCCAACAAGGGAAGGAAAAAGAAAUUUUUUAUAUCUAUUUCUGACAUUAUUAUGAAACAAUGCCGCAUUGUAUUACGUCGCGCAGCUGCUUUAGAUGAUUCGAAAGUUUUUUGCAAUUUGCUGGGAAGAAAAUUAACAAAUUCUUCUGACAAUGAUGAUGAGGGGCUUCUUGGAACUCCAGCUAUGGUGGCCCGCCCUCUUGACUUCCGGACUAUUGAUCUAAGAUUGGCUUCUGGAGCUUAUGGUGGAUCACAUGAAGCUUUUCUCGAGGACGUACGUGAGCUGUGGAGCAAUGUUCGUGUUGCUUUUGGGGAUCAACCUGAUUUAGUUGAACUGUCAGAAAAAUUAUCCCAGAAUUUUGAAAGUUUAUACAAUGAGGAGGUUGUCACCUACGUGCAAAAGUUUACAGACUAUGCUGAAGUGGGAUGCAUAAAUGCUGAAAUGAAAAAAGAAGUUCAGGCUUUUAUUGCUUCAUCAAAUGAGAUUCCGAAAGCCCCUUGGGAUGAGGGAGUCUGUAAAAUUUGUGGCAUUGAUAGGGAUGAUGACAGUGUUUUACUGUGUGAUACUUGUGACGCUGAGUAUCAUAAAUAUUGCUUGAACCCUCCUCUUGCAAGGAUCCCUGAAGGAAACUGGUACUGUCCAUCUUGUAUUGGUGGUAAACAUGCAACUCAAGAUCUCACAGAACGAGCACAGCUUACUGGAAAACGUAGAAGUAAAAAAUUCCAGGGACAAGUUAAUUGUCUUUACUUGGAUGCGUUGACUCAUUUAUCAUCUGUAAUUGAAGAAAAAGAAUAUUGGGAGUACAGUGUGGGAGAGAGAACGCUCCUUCUCAAGUUUUUAUGUGAUGAGUUGCUCAAUUCUUCCCUGAUACGACAGCAGCUUGAGCAAUGUUCAGAGUUGUCUGCUGAAUUAAAUCAGAAGUUGCGUGGACUUUCUGUAGAGUGGAAAAACCUGAAAAUUAAGGAAGACGUUUUAUCCACAAAAGCUGCCAAAUUUGGUACAUUGUCACAAUGUACCACUGGGGAAGUUGGUCUUAAGGAAGGGUUCACAUCUUUGUUCUCAAAUACUAGUAAAUGUCUGGUUAAGCCACAUGCUACAACCACCAAUCCUAGUGGUCUUGGGGUAUUUGAUGACAGUCUACCUUCAGAAGAGAUUCCCAAAGAGAAGUGUAGGUUCAAUAGUGUUGAUAAAAGCAUAUCUGUGACACAUUCAAAUUCUGAUAGCCAAAAUAUGAAUUCCAUAGGACAGCUUAAGACUGUUCCUGUGGCUGUGGAGUUUCAAUGUACAGAUAAAUCCCCCAAGUCUUUUCCAUUCUCAAAUCAUAUGCCUCAAGAAAUAAAUGGUUACAGUGAAGGACAAUGUGUGCCUGUUGAAGUUUCCCAAAAUGCUGUCAAUGAGUCGGAACCAUACCACCUUGAGCUCAAUGCCGUCAAGCGUAAUAUCUCACUACUGCAUGAAUCUAUAAAUAGCGUAGGAUCACAGCUUCUGAAGCUCCCUGUUCGUCGGGAACUUUUGGGUAUUGAUUCCAUCGGCAGACUGUACUGGGCUUUGGCUACACUUAGAGGACGAUCACGUAUAGUUGUUGAUGCAAGCGCUGUUGUUCAGCAUGGAAGAGGAUUGUCAGUUAGCAAAGAUUCUGGAGAGAAGCUUUCUGCUCUGCAGCAUUGUAAAUUAUCUGAGAAGGAUAACUAUAAGAUGUUAGGGCUGAUGAAGGACUGCUCUCCUUUGAUGUCCCAACCACUUAAUGCGUUAGCCAAUAGUUCACCGUGGAUUGUUUAUGAAACUGAUUCAGAAAUCGAGGAGCUAUUGGGUUGGUUAGAUGAUUAUGACCCUAAAGAAAAAGAACUGAGAGAUUCCAUUAUGCUGGGGCCAAAAUAUAGAUCUCAAGAGUUUAUUAAUGCACACACUGAAGGUCAGGUUGAGGACCAAGGACCUGUUUAUUUGCCAAGAAAUACAGCACCUAACUCUCUUGUUACGAAGGCCACUUCUUUGCUGGAAAAGAAUUACGGCCCCUUCUUUGAUUUGGAUACUGCUGAGGGUUUGAAGAAUCAAAAUAAAAAGGCCAGAACAACUAAUGAUGAAAAGUUGUAUAGGUGUGAGUGCCUAGAACCUAUAUGGCCUUCUAGGAAACAUUGCUUGUAUUGCCACAAAACCUUUUUGAGCGAUGUGGAGUUUGAGGGACACAAUGGUGGAAAAUGUAAAGCAGGACUUAUGGCGUUGGGGAGGAAUAAGGAUAAAAAUGGGUCUUCUAAAGGAAGAAAGAACUUGAAAUGUGAUACCUCACAUGAAAAAUCCAGAGCUGACACAGAAACAGAUGGAACCUCAAUCAAUGGAUGUUCUUCUCUAAAUUCGAGAUUGACUAAAUUUUCAAAUGAAAACCCCUCUUGCCCAUUUAACUUUGAAGAUACAUGCGCAAAGUUUGUGACAAAUGAUUCCAACAAGGAACUUGUCAGAGAAAUUGGUCUUAUUGGUUCAGAUGGUGCCCCAUCCUUUGUGCCUUCCGUAUCUCCUUUUGUUAGUGAUUAUACACAAGCCUUAACCAUAAAGGAUGUUGGCGUUGUUGGUGGUGCAUCAAAAGCUUCAGAAAGCCAGGUUUCUCAGGAAAACACUGACGGAGCUGGCACAUGCCAUGACCAUAAAUCAGGCAAAUCUACAGAAAGUUUAGCUGCAAAUAGAAGCAACAAAGCAGGAAAUUCCAACAAAUCAUCUUUGGGAGAACAAAGAGAUGGGAAGCUAUCUAUUUGUAGUCCUGCUUCAGAUAAGGGAGUUGAUGGUUGCUGUGUGGUUCCUUUGUCCUCCUUGAGACCAUUAGUUGGAAAAAUUUCUCAUAUUUUGAAGCAACUAAAGAUUAAUCUACUUGAUAUGGAUGCUGCACUUCCGAAAGUUGCUCUAAGACCAUCAAAGGCACAGUUGGACAGAAGACAGGCCUGGCGUGCAUUUGUUAAAUCUGCAAUGACUAUAUAUGAGAUGAUCCAGGCAAUAAUUACACUGGAGGAUAUGAUUAAGACGGAGUUCUUAAAGAAUGACUGGUGGUACUGGUCAUCAUUCUCAGCUGCUGCCAAAUCUUCUACUUUGCCUUCUCUUGCUCUUCGCAUAUACUCCCUUGAUUCAGCCAUUAUGUAUGAGAAAAUGCCUAAUUCAAGUUUAGCUGAGAGCUCUGAUCCUCCUGCCGUAGCGGAACCGAAGCCAGUGAUCACGGUGGAUGCAGAUAAAUCCAAAGGAAGCCGGAAGUCAAACAGGAAAAGGAAGGAAUUGGAUGGUUAAUCUCAUACUGUAUUGUCUGAGAAAAUCAGAAAGCUGGUCCACUUUUUGUGGUCUGGUAUGAUCAUCCAACGAUCACGAGUUUGGACGAAAAAGGUCACGGGUCCAACCUCAGGUUAUUAAAGGGGGCAGCCUCAGCUGCUGGUGUCACUUGUGCGCUUGUUGUACAUAUAGGUAAAGCUGACAUGCUAACUUGAAUGCUCGUUUUUGGCUAAGUAGAAUUUGUAGGAUUAUCUGCUAUCAGUGAGGGCACCGGCAUGAAGGAAUUAUGAGGAUGCGCCCAAUUUUGAAAUGAUUUUUACUGCAGCUGUCCAAUUGGUUGCUCCAUAGGUAGAAGGGGUAUUAUGUUUUUGAUUUUUCUAGCAGAGUCUGAUCCAUAUAUGUAUACAAAUGGAAUUAAUGUAAAGAAGGAAUAGAAGAAAAAAAGUAAAAAAAGAAAAGAUGGAAGUCGGACCAGUGUUAUGUUGAGCAGUUGUAGGCAAUAUUUCAUUCUUUUAACAUUUUCUCUUUCACCCCGACAAAAGUCCUGCACACGCAUGACCUUGAUUUUGUCUUGGGCAUCGCUGAUGUGUUAGAAUGCAGGGGAAUUUUUAGAGUCAAUGCAUUUUAACAUCUGCUUUAUUGGACUUGCCUAGCUCGUGACGAGUUCUGUUUGAUUCUUUAUGUGCAUAUGUUUCUCUAAUUCUUCUCUCUUCUUGGUUGUGGGGAUCUUAAUGAGGAUAUAAUUUCUCUAACUCUUGAGGGAGUCUUGCUGACUGUGACAAGGUCUGCUAUGUUGAUCCUAAUGUAAUUUUUGAUCUGUGGCAAUAAGUAUAAGUAUUAUUGUACAUGUCACAGUAACUGGUUAA